AUGCCACCUCACGAGGGCCUCGUUCAUCCACAAGAGUACGACUGGAGAGACUCCAACAUCGAGCUUAUCAACUCAGACAUCGAUCAUAAAGUCAAGUUCCAAUCUGCAGCCAGUGAGCCUGCAUGGAAUAACGGCACCGUUGGCAAUCAGGCAGGCCUCUUCGUCUGGCGCAUUGAUGACUUCGAGGUUGUACCCUGGCCGCGUGAGAAAACGGGUAGCUUCCAUGAAGGCGACUCCUACAUCGUGCUCCACUCUCAGCAAGUCAAAGGCGACGCAGAAAUGCACCUGAUCCACGAUAUCUUUUUCUGGCUCGGUCGCGCGACAACGCAAGACGAAGCCGGGACCGCAGCCUACAAAACAGUCGAGCUUGAUGAGUUCCUUCACGGCUCGGCUACCCAGCACCGCGAACUGCAAACAUCGCCCUCCGAUGCCUUCUCUGCCCUGUUCCCACGCCUGAAAAUCUUGCGCGGCGGUGUGCGCUCUGGCUUUACCCACGUCGAGACGAAUGACGAGCCGCAGCGCACUGACAACCUUCUUCGCGUGUUCAAGCACCCCAGUCCGACUGCUGGACGCGACGCAAUUCUCGUCCAUGAAGUCGAGCCAACGUGGCACAGUCUGGACGAAGAGGAUGUGUUCAUACUGGACAAGGGUGACAAGAUAUUUGUUUGGCAGGGGCGCAAGUGCUCACCCAUGGAAAAACUCAAGGCUGCCCAAGUGGUUCAGGAUCUGACCAUCGCGAAACAUGUCAACGUUGAAGUGCUGAGCCAGGAGGAGGCGAGGAGUAAAGUCAUAGUGGACUGCCUUGGGGGCCAAAGCUUGGACUUUGGCACACGAUUCGAGUGUGCACGACCGAUAUCUACUGCUAGCGAGAGAAAUGUCAAGAAGCUGUUUAGGCUGAGUGAUACGGGGGGUCAUCUUGCGUUCAAUCUCGUCAAGCAGGGUAAUGGAAUUGGAAAAGAAGACUUGGACGGCGAUGACGUAUUCUUGUUGGAUGUGGGAAAGAGCAUCUGGGUGUGGGAAGGCAGCAGAGCAAGUCGAGCGGAAAGGUCAAUGUGGUUGAAAGUCGCGCAAAGGUAUCUGGGUACGCAGCCCGAUGCGAAGGAUCUGAGUAUUGCAAAGGUCAAACAGGGCAACGAGGGAAGAGCUUUCUGGACGGCCGUGGCGAUAUGA